AUGAAGCACAACAAUGUUAUACAUAACGUGCACCGCGUGAAGUGCAGCGGCAAGUACAUCAAGGCCGAACUCGACCAGGCCGGCCGCAAGAAGACGCGCCUGCUCGCCCGCAGGAAGAAGGCCGCCAAGGCUGGCAUCACGCCGGUCGGCUACCUGCGUCCGCUCGUGCACAUGCCCAGCCGCCGCUACAACUACAAGGUCCGCCUGGGCCGCGGCUUCACCCUGCAGGAGCUCCAGGCCGCUGGCGUCAGCAAGAAGGUUGCCAUGAGUAUCGGUAUCGCGGUUGACCACCGCAGGACUAAUCGCUGUGCCGAGAGCCUCAACCUGAACGUUCAGCGCCUGAAGACCUACCUUUCCAAGCUUGUCAUGAUCCCGCGCAAGAAGACCGCCAACAAGGGCUUCUGCGGCAUCCCCGAUGACACCCCACGCGAGAAGUUGGCCACCAUGGUCCUGACCCAGCAGAAGAUCAAGGACGUCAUGCCGGUCGUUCAGCCCUUCACUGCGGAGGCUCCGCGCCCCGUGACCUCCGAGGAGGCUGCGGCGCUCAGCUACAAGAAGCUCCGCCAGGCCAGGAAGGCCGCCAAGGCAAAGAAGACCGCCGAGGAAUAA